AUGAAAACGAAGAACGAGAGCAUGCAACUUCCGAUUCUCGUAGUGUCCAGUGGAGUUCUCCUGCCGGGAGCCAGUCAGAGAAUUCCGAUUAAAACUGCGUACAAGUGAGUAAAACUGUGAAAUGAGUAUUCUGUUUUCAUAAUGCCGCGUCCAAAGCUUUAAAAAAUCCCACUUAUUUUGCAGUCCAAAGUCGGCCGAAAUUUCCUUGAAAAACGGGAUGUGCCCAAGAAAUUCGAUUACCCAAGAACGUUCGUUCAGCUGUGCGCACCCCGUUUUUCAAGGAAAUUUCGGCCGACUUUGGACAGCAAGAGCAGCGGAAUUUUCGGUUUUUUUUAAACCUUUGGACGCGGCAUUAAAACUCCCUACUUUUUCAGUAUAAAAGCCAUCGAAAAGCACAUUUCUCGAGCGUCGAUGACCAAUAAUUACGUGGUGAUCGGCUACCGAAUGUCAUCGGACAAGAUCUCGAAUGUGGCGACAAUCGCCGUCGUCAAGCAGACAUCGAUGUGGUCGUUCAACUCGUCUUCGCUUCAUUACUCCCUGGAUGUAGUUGGAUUGCACCGCGCAAAUAUUGACAAGCUCUCGCAUCCGACAUGCGUCGUUUCGAAGAUUGUCGAACCAGAGAGUGGGGGUACUAACUGAGUUUGGAACUGUGCCAACAACCUGUUAUUUGUAGUCGAACUGGAGCACACGACCGUCGAGCAACUGCUGGGCGGGGCGAAAUUGCUCGCUUUGAACUCGAACUCUGAGAUGUUCUCGCGAGAAAUUCAUGAUCUGAUUGAGGAGCACGAGUACGGACGGCUUGCGGAUCUGUGUGUUUCACAGAUGAAAACGUUAACAUUCAUGCAACAAUUGGAGUAUUUGGGGACGAAUGAAGUGGAUAAAAGAGUGGAAAUGUGCGAGAAAUGGAUGUCCGCCGCUGCUGGAGAGAAAGAGGUUCCAGAAUUUGUGAAGACCAUGGAAUAGGCAGUCGUUUUGCAGGAGAACAAUGCUCUGCAACUCAAGCUUCCGCAAAACUCCACAGCUCCAAAUCAGAAGAAGUUCAAUAGAAAGAAGAUUCCGAAUUCGAAAACGCAAGUUGAACAGCUGGAAGAGAAACUGAAUGCGAUCGAGUUCUCGGACGAAAUAUCUGUGAGCUGGAGCAAAUAACAGUUCUUCCGAAUGCUUUCGUUUGCAGGAUCGUGUGUUCUCCGAGCUGCAACGGCUGAAAGCGAUGAAUUCGCAACAAAGCGAGUACAAUGUGCUCAUGAAUUGGCUGGAAUUGGUGGCCUCCCUUCCUUGGAACACUUCGACUGUGGAAGACAUCGAAAUAAGCAAGGUUCGGAAGAAAGUACUCGCCCCUUUUUACACCUGCUCAGUUUAGGCUCGAACUGUUCUGGCAGACUCCCACGAAGCGAUGGAUGAUGUGAAAGUGAGAGUUCUGGAGCAUUUGGCUGUCUGCAAAAUGAACAAUUCAGUUUGUGUUCUCUCCGGUUUUCUCUUGUCAACUAUUUCCUUUUUGCAGGUGAAGGGGAUGAUUUUGUGUUUCACUGGACCGCCGGGAAUCGGGAAAACUAGCAUCGCAAAAGCCAUCGCUGAGUCGAUGGGAAGGAAGUUCCAGAGGUAAAUACUGAAACAUUGUCUCCCAGAAAACAGUGUGUGUGUAGGGUCUCUCUGGGCGGAAUCCGUGAUGAGAGUGACAUUCGGGGACACCGUCGGACGUACGUGGCCGCCAUGCCGGGACGAAUAAUCGAAGCGCUGAAGAACUGUAAAAGCAACAAUCCAGUGUUCCUUUUGGAUGAGAUCGACAAGUUGUACGCGGGAAAUAACGGAAGUCCGUCCGCCGCUCUCCUGGAAUUACUCGAUCCGGAGCAGAACUCGACAUUCCACGACCAUUACCUCAAUCUUCCGUUUGACGUUUCCAAGAUUAUGUUCAUCGCCACCGCGAAUGAUAUUGAGAGAUUGGAGCCAGCAUUGAAAGACCGAUUGGAGGUUAUAUCUAGACUGUUUCAUUAAACAACCUAUUUUGUUUUCAGAUAAUUGAAAUGGAUGGAUAUUCAAUGAAGGAGAAGCUGAAGAUCUGUGAGAAUCACCUACUUUCCCGUCAGCUUUCGAAACAUUGCAUCAGCCCGGAUUAUGUGAAACUAGACAGGAGAGCUAUCAUUGCAAUGAGUACGGGUGUCCCUGAUAUUUGAAGAAACGCUGAGAGUUCUUUCAGUUGAGGAGUACACAAUGGAAGCGGGAGUCCGACAGCUCGAACGGAACAUCGGAGCAAUCUGUCGCCACAUGGCACUCCGACUCGCGGAGGCUCUGAACUCCGAUCCCGGAGCGGAUGUCCUUCCGGACAUGGAACUGCCGAUUCACAUUUCUGAGGCGGAUGUGCAUCGUAUUCUGAAGAUCAAGCACAUAAAACGAGUGAGAAUUGUGGAGAAAAUGCGGCCGUUGCCGCCGGGAGUCUGCUUCGGAUUGAGCGUGACUACGAGCGGAGGAAGAGUUAUGCCCAUCGGUAUGUAGAGAUAAAUUAGUGAAAAUAUUGUGAUUAGACUGAAAGUGAUACUUCCAGAAGCUUCCAAAUCAAAGGGAACAGGCAAAAUAGUGACGACCGGUCGUCUCGGGAAAGUGUUGAACGAGAGUGUUCUGGUGGCGAAAGGAUGGCUAGGCGCGAACGCAGAACGGUUCGGAUUGGAGACGUUCAAGGAGAACGACAUCCACGUUCACCUCCCCGCCGGCGCAGUCAACAAAGACGGUCCCUCCGCAGGCACCGGACUCGCGUGUGCUCUCGUCAGUUUGGCGAUGAAUGUGCCGUUGAGAAGCGAUGCAGCAGUGACUGGAGAGAUCUCUCUGACUGGACACGUUCUGCCCGUGCGUUCCUUUUCCGUCCUAUCUGAAUUACACGUCGAGCUUUCAGAUCGGAGGAGUCAAGGAGAAGGUGUUGGCUGCUCAACGGGAAGGUCUUCGGAGAGUGGUGCUUCCGAAGUCGAACGAAGAAGAGUUUCUGAAGAUGGACGAGGAUAUCCGACAGGAAAUGGACGUAGUUCUCGCGGAUACAGUCGAAGAAGUCAUUGAAGCAAUGAUGGAGAAAGCGCCGGUGCUGGCUAAAUUGUAG